AUGUUUAAGAUAGCUCUCGACAGCCUCUUCAGUACUGAACAGAGUCGACCGCUGGCUGGGGCCACUGUACAUGCUCGGCUGAUGUCCCGCCCACUCUGGGAAAGUACUACCUGCGUAGUCAUAAGCCAUAAAGUUCCAGAAACCGAAACUGGGGUCCAUGUGCUCAAUAUGAAGGGUGUCGAUCCUUUGCGGACCUACAACACCAAACGCGCCAAACUACCAGCCCCAUCUCUGGAUGCCUUUCUCAACAGCGUGAUUAACUUAGCUAAGAAAACCCGAGAGCAACCAUCCGGACAAGAGAUCCUGGGAAAGCUAAACAGCCUACAGCCGAUCAUAGAAGACAUCACCCUCAUCAAGAACGCAGUCAACAAUGCACUCGCAUCCCAUGCUCCUGUCGCACCCAAUGCAGCCACUCGAAUCGCCUCCUGGGCCGAUGUAGUCCGGUCAGGCACGCCUUCAUACCCGUCAACGCCGAAUAGCAGAGCCUCCACGACCGCAAGUGUUAAGGAUAGGGAGACCGUAGUGAAACUGGAAGCAAACGCGGCGGCCGUACUCCGCCAGGUAUCAUCGGAAGACCUCUGCAAACGGGUGAAUGAUGCGUUAGGAUCACGGAUAAAUCUGCUUGGGAAAGCCCCUAAGGUCAUUGCCGCAAAGCAACUGAAGAGCGGGGACGUAGUACUGCAUACAGCAACCACGGCCGAAGCUGACACACUGAAGGACACCGAAGAAGAAUGGGUCAAAGUCCUCGGAACAUCCGCAAGGGUGGUCAGACCCACAUACGGGGUGAUUGUACACGGAGUGCGCACCAGCAAAGAAUCUAUCGACACUGACAACCAACAAAGAGCCAUUGAGAAAAUUGAAUCUGAGAAUGCGGUGCUCCAUGAGGGAGCGAGGGUAACUCGUGCCGACUCAAGCAGUGCUAUAAAUGCCAUGAAUACGGCCACAUCGGACCCCAGUGCGAUGCCGAAGAGCGAUGCGGAUACUGCGCAGGAAAGCACAACACCAAAGAAUGCAUGGUGAAAGAAACCGACCCAAAGCCGGCGCCGUCUUGUAUACUG